AUGUGGUGCGCAAGUUGUCAUCAACUGUGAUCCAUGUCACCCUUGCAAAUAUUUUCUGCAAUCUUCAAUAUCUGUUUAGGGUUGUCUUAUCUUGCUCUUGGUUUAUGGCUGUUGGAAGAGAAGUUUAGGAGAGGGGAGGAUCUUUUCCCUCUCCAUUGGUGGUUGGUGGUGCUAUCUCAGAGCUUGACUUGGGUGGUCAUGGGGUUGGUUGUAUGCAUCAGAACCAAACAAGUAGGCGAAGCCUUCAUUAGGAUCUGGUCAGGGCUGGCUAGUAUCUGUGCUGGAUUCCUUUGCAUUUCGUCAGUCUUAGCUCUUCUCAUAGAAAAGAAAACCUCAAUUAGAAUCAUUCUAGACGUUUUAUCACUGCCUGGAGCUGUUCUGUUGCUUCUUUGUGCCUUUAAAGGAGCUAAAGAGGAUUCUGAAAGCAACGACCAUUCUUUCUAUGUGCCUUUGACUGGUGAUUCCAUCACCAGCCCAGAUGAUUUGGACGGAUUUGUGACUCCUUAUGCGAAUGCUGGAUUCUUGAGUCGAAUGUCAUUUUGGUGGUUGAACACUUUGAUGAAGAAAGGGUAUCAGAAGGCACUUGAUGAAAAGGAUAUUCCUCGGAUGGGUGCAACUGACCGAGCAGAAAGCCGUUACUCUUUAUUUCUUGAGAGAAUCGACCGACAAAGCAGGGAUGAUCUGAUCACUUCACCAUCCUUCUUCUGGACAAUAGUUGAUUGCCAUAGAAAAGAAAUUCUAGUUUCUGGGUUAUUCGCAUUGCUUAAAGUACUAACCCUUUCUGCAGGACCGAUGCUUUUAAAUGCAUUCAUUAAAGUCUCGGUAGGGUUGGGGACUUUUAAAAAUGAAGGUUAUGUGCUGGCACUGGGGAUGUUCUUGGUGAAGUUUCUUGAGUCAUUGUCUCAAAGGCAGUGGUAUUUCAGGACAAGGACUCUAGGCCUUCAAAUCCGGUCCUUACUAUCAGCUGCUGUGUAUCAGAAGCAACUGAGGUUGUCGAGCUCUGCUAAAUUGAUCCAUUCUUCUGGAGAGAUCAUGAACUAUGUGACUGUUGAUGCUUAUAGGAUUGGAGAGUUCCCUGUUUGGUUUCACCAAACUUGGACUAUAAUCCUCCAACUUGGAAUUGCUUUGGUAAUUCUCUAUCAUGCUGUUGGCCUAGCAACAAUCUCAUCCAUGGUGGUUAUUAUAGCAACGGUGCUCUGCAAUGCUCCUGUGGCAAAACUACAACAUAAGUUCCAGACAAGGCUUAUGGAAGCUCAGGAUAUGAGGCUGAAGGCUAUGUCAGAAGCUCUGGUAAAUAUGAAGGUGCUAAAGCUUUAUGCUUGGGAAAAUCAUUUCAGGAAAGUGAUAGAAGGGUUGAGGGGAGAAGAAUGUACUUGGCUUUCAGCGUUUCAAAUGCAACGAGCCUACAACAGCUUCCUUUUCUGGUCGUCCCCUGUCUUGGUUUCGGCUGCCACCUUCUUGACUUGCUAUCUUCUUGAGAUCCCUCUUUAUCCUAGCAAUGUCUUCACAUUUGUAGCAACAUUACGUCUUGUACAAGAUCCUGUUAGAUCGAUCCCUGAUGUUAUUGGAGCCUUUAUUCAAGCAAAGGUUGCAUUCGGUAGAAUAGUCAGGUUUCUUGAUGCUGCUGAGCUGCAUACUGGGAUUAUCAGAGGUAAGACCACUAUGAACAUUGAGCACCCACUCAUGAUUAAGUCAGCAAACUUUUCAUGGGAAGGGAAUCCGUCAAAGCCAACACUGAAGAAUAUAAGCUUGGAACUGAAAUCUGGGAAGAAGGUGGCCAUAUGUGGAGAAGUUGGUUCAGGGAAGUCUACUCUUUUGGCUGCAAUCCUCGGGGAGAUCCCAAGUACAGAAGGCACAAUUCAAGUUUUUGGAAAGCUUGCAUAUGUAUCUCAAAAUGCAUGGAUCCAGACUGGUACCGUGCAAGAGAAUAUUCUAUUUGGAUCUAUAAUGGAUACCCAAAGGUACCGAGAAACCCUAGAUAAGUGUUCAUUAGUAAAGGACCUUGAGAUGCUACCAUUUGGAGAUCUUACUGAAAUAGGAGAAAGAGGGGUAAAUCUCAGUGGUGGACAGAAGCAGCGCAUCCAACUUGCUCGUGCAUUGUAUCAAGAUGCCGAUAUGUAUCUUCUAGAUGAUCCUUUUAGUGCUGUUGAUGCUCAUACUGCAACCAGCUUAUUCAAUGAAUAUGUAAUGGGAGCUCUUUCCGAAAAGACAGUGCUACUAGUCACCCAUCAAGUGGAUUUUCUUCCAGCAUUUGAUUCAAUUCUGUUGAUGUCAGAUGGUGAAAUUCUUCGAGCUGCUCCCUAUCAGGAACUCCUAGUGUCUAGCAAAGAGUUCCAGGAACUGGUCCAUGCUCAUAAAGACACUGUUUGUGCUGAAGGAAUUGAAAAGAUGGUCUCUCAUGAAACAAGUGAGGUGUCUACAGAGGAGAUAAAGCGAACCCACAGUAUUGAUCCGCAGAGAACCACUCAAUCUUCAGCAGAGGAUCAAUUGAUCAAGAAAGAGGAGAGGGAGUCAGGGAAUAAUGGUCUAAAGCCAUACCUGCAGUACCUAAAUCAAAAUAAAGGCUUCUUGUAUUCUUCUCUAGCAGCUCUUUCUCAUGUGAUAUUCAUAGCUGGACAGAUCUCCCAAAACUCAUGGAUGGCCGCCAAUGUUCAAAAUCCUGAUGUGAGCACACUACGACUCAUCACAGUCUACUUGGCAAUUGGGUGCAGUACAGCCAUAUUCUUGUUAUCUAGAUCUCUAUUCAUCGUUGUUUUAGGUCUCCAGUCAUCAAAAUCCUUGUUCUCUGACCUGCUUAAUUCACUCUUCCGUGCUCCAAUGUCAUUCUUUGAUUCCACUCCUCUGGGGAGGAUACUAAGUCGGGUCUCCUCAGAUCUGAGCAUCGUCGACCUUGAUGUGCCAUUUAGUUUAAUUUUUAGCAUCAGUGCUACUUUAAAUGUGUAUAGCAACCUUGGGAUAUUGGCUAUUAUUACCUGGCAAGUUCUAUUUGUUUCUGUACCAAUGAUUUACCUUAUCAUUAGAUUGCAGGCCUACUAUUUAGCUACUUCAAAGGAGUUGAUGCGGAUCAAUGGCACUACAAAAUCCCUUGUGGCAAAUCAUUUAGCUGAAUCUGUUGCAGGAGCAGUAACAAUCAGAGCUUUUGAGGAAGAGGAUCGGUUUUUUGCUAAGAAUUGAGAGACUAUGGGUGCCGCUGUUCUUUCAACAUCAGCCCUUGUUAUGGCCCUUCUUCCUCCUGGCACUUUUAGCUCAGGAUUUGUUGGAAUGGCCUUGUCAUAUGGUUUUUCAUUAAACAUGUCCCUUGUUUUCUCCAUCCAAAAUCAAUGCACACUUGCCAACUACAUCAUCUCUGUGGAAAGGCUGAAUCAGUAUAUGAAUGUACCAAGUGAGGCCCCAGAGGUCAUCAGAGGCAACAGGCCACCACCCAACUGGCCUUCUGUUGGUAAAGUGGAGCUCCGCGACUUGAAGAUCCGGUAUAGGCCAGAUACUCCCCUUGUUCUCCGAGGAAUCAGUUGCAUAUUUGAAGGAGGGCACAAAAUUGGGAUAGUUGGUCGGACUGGAAGUGGGAAAACAACUCUAAUAGGUGCUUUGUUUCGCCUAGUUGAGCCAGCAGGAGGGAAAAUAAUUAUUGAUGGUCUUAAUAUUGCCACAAUUGGACUCCAUGACUUGAGAUCUCGUUUUGGAAUCAUACCUCAAGAUCCGACCCUUUUCCAUGGAUCCGUCAGAUACAAUCUGGAUCCUUUAGGGCACCAUACUGAUCUGCAAGUAUGGGAGGUGCUUGAAAAAUGUCAACUUCGAGAAGCUGUUCAAGAGAAAGAACUGGGUCUGGACUCACCUGUUGUUGAAGAUGGAUUGAACUGGAGUAUGGGGCAGAGGCAGUUGUUUUGCUUGGGGCGUGCUCUGUUAAGGAGAAAUCGUAUAUUAGUACUUGAUGAAGCCACAGCAUCAAUUGAUAAUUCAACAGAUGCCAUUCUUCAGAAAACUAUAAGAAAAGAAUUUGCAGAUUGCACUGUAAUAACGGUGGCCCAUAGGAUCCCAACUGUAAUGGACUGCACAAAGGUGCUUGCUAUCAGUGAUGGGAAAUUGGUGGAGUAUGACAGACCGAUGAAACUGAUGAAAAGAGAGGGAUCAUUGUUUGGAGAACUUGUUAAAGAAUAUUGGUCGCACACUGCAGCUUCGGAUGUUCACAAACCCGCUGAAUAACAGUAAGAGCUGUCAACAGAAGAAUAUAUCCAGUUUUGGUAUUACUAUUCUCACACUGAUAGGGAUUUCAAAGGUUAAAAAGGAAGGAGUCCAGAUUCUAUGUUAUAAACAGAAAAAUAUAUCCAGUUUUGAUGUUAAUAUUCUCACACCUGUAAGGGUUUCAAAAGUUCAACAGGAAGGACUCCAGCUUCUAUCUUAUCUUAUAAAUUGGUAUAGUAAAUUAGUGGAGAUAUCUAGUCUGGUUCAAAAAUCACACCGAGCGCAUCUCAGGCAUCAUGCACUGGAAAUAGAAAGCAAUUUAGCUUCAGCUUUGUGCUUGUAGAUUCACUUUCUUAGGAGUUAUGAAGUAUAUCUAUUUUCUUUGGACAACAUUUCUUGUUAAUGAGUUUAUCCAUCACUGUUUUGAGUGUGUGCUGGCAUUUGUUACUUAUUCUUAGCUAGCUUCAUGCAUAUGGAGCUUGUUCUGCUUUGGCUUUAUUUUUUUUCACUCC